CACCGCCCCUGCUGUCAAUCACCGCCAGGCCACGCCCCUCCCGUGCGUCUUACACAAACGGCAGCAGCUCGAGAGAGUAAAUAGAGAAAAGAUGGCGGAGUUCAUUCAGCUCAACAAACCCACCGAACCGAAACCAGCGUCCCAGAACCGGGAGCACCAUCAUCAUCCUCCACCGGCCAAAAAAAUCCGACACGAAGAGAAAAUAUUUAAAGCCAAGAAGAUGAACGGAGGCACGGAGCAGCAGAAUUACAGCAGCAAACCGAAAAACAAGAAAACCAAAACAGAGAAAGACAGAGACCAAGAGAAAGAGAAAGGCAGAGAGAGAGAGAAAGAGAGGAAGAAACACAAACUGGCGGCUGAAAAUCACCUCAGUGUGAAGAAGGAGAACGGAGAGCUGAAGCUGUCGCAGAAAGAACACACCAUCAAAGACAAAGAGAAGCAGAGAGACAGAGACCGUGAGAAAAAGAGAGAGAAGGACCGAGAAAAAGAGCAGGAGAAGGAGAUGAAGGAGAAAAGAAAACAUAAGCUGAUGAUGGAGAUGAAGAGAGAGAAUGGAGAGGUGAAGAUCCAGCAGAAAGGUGACCGAGAGAAGCCGAAGAUCGACUCCGCUGAGGAUCUGCUGAUGAAAAAGGUCAAGAAGAAAAAGAAAAAGAAACACAAAGAAGGUGAAAAGCGAAAGCGGCCUAAGAUGUACAGCAAAUCUAUCCAGACGGUUUGUUCUGAUCUCCCCAAAUCUGGUUCAGAAUUCAAGCCGCCGCCUCCUCCAGUCCAGCAGGGCGGCGCUCUGAGCUCCGUCAGCAGCCUGAAGCAGGAGAACAGCUGUGGCCAGAGCGCGAGCGCAGCAGACGGCGAGGCCAGAGCUGUUAAACUCCCCGGGCUGGAGCGGCUGGAGUUCGGCUGUCUGGUUCACGUGGAGCACCAGCCGAACGGAGGAGCUCUGGUGGCUCACGCCUACAGCAAGGAGCUCUCUGUCCUGUCUCCUGUGGAGAUGCAGAGGUUUGCGCAGGAGUUUGUGACGCUGGCGUUUUGCGAGGACCAGGAUGGAGCCGCUAACUACGUGAUGGGUGUGAUUCACGGCGCCGCCUCCUACCUCCCAGACUUCCUGGAGUACUUCUCUACUAAGUUCCCCAACUCACCCAUCAAAAUGGAGAUCCUGGGGAAGAAGGACAUCGAGACGACUAGUAUGGCAAACUUCCACACUCAGGUGAGGAGGAGUUACUCUCACGGGACGUACCGCGCCGGUGCUAUGAGGCAGAUCAGUCUGGUGGGUGCCGUGGACGAGGAGGUGGGCGAUUAUUUCCCAGAGUUCCUCAAUAUGCUGGAGAAGUCACCCUUUCUGGAGCGGACGCUGCCGUGGGGGACGUUCUCCAGUCUGAAGCUGAAGAGCCCGACAGACAGUGACGAUGGGCCCAUCAUGUGGGUUCGGCCCGGAGAGCAGAUGAUCCCGGUCACAGACAUGCCAAAGUCUCCCUUCAAACGGAAACGGUCGACUAAUGAAAUUAAGAAUCUUCAGUAUCUGCCUCGAACAAGUGAGCCGCGUGAGAUGCUGUUUGAGGACCGAACCAGAGCUCAUGCUGACCACAUCGGUCAAGGGUUCGAACGGCAGACCACUGCUGCUGUGGGAGUGCUGAAAGCCGUCCGCUGCGGGGAAGGUGCUGAGCCUCCACGCAUAACCAAAGACGUGAUCUGUUUCCACGCAGCUGAUUUCCCUGACGUGGUGCAGCGGCUGCAGUUAGACCUGUAUGAGCCUCCUCUGUCUCAGUGUGUGCAGUGGGUGGAUGAUGCUAAACUCAAUCAGCUGAGGCGAGAGGGAAUCCGCUACGCUCGUAUCCAGCUCUACGAUAACGACAUCUACUUUAUCCCUCGCAACGUAGUUCACCAGUUCAAGAGCGUGUCGGCCGUGUGCAGCCUCGCCUGGCACGUGCGUUUGAAGCAGUAUCACCAGCAGCCCGAGGUAGAGGAGGCUCGUGAGGAAGGCGAGGAGCUGAAGCAACACAUCAAGCAGGAGUCAGCUGGCGAGAAUGGCAGAGCUGCAAACACAGACUGCAGACCUGCACAAGAGUCGCCGUGUGUAACGCAAAUAAAGAUGGAGCGGGCGGAGCUACUUGCUGACAGACCGCCCAAACCUCUUCCUGGAAGUAACAGCUCGACUCCGCCUCUCGUCUCCUCUGACGGCCGACCCAAAGCACACCACACGGCAGAAUGUCCAAGUGCUUCGUCACAGGCCAACGCGUCACGCAAUCCGACAGCCAGUCUGCACGCACCCAAACACACACACACAUCAACACCAACCAAACACACACACACCUCCACAUCCAGAUAUCUCCAUUCUUCCUCUGUCCCCAAACCGGGCCACAGGCCCUCAACACCAACAAAACUCAGCCAUUCUUCCAACACAACCAAAUCCACACAACCCAUUAACACAACCAAACCAACACAACCAGCUAACACAACCAAACCCACCCAACAAACUAACAUAACCAAACCCACACAACCGGCUAACACAACCAAACACGCACACUCCACACUAAUAACCAAACCUGGCCCCAAACUGAGCUCUGGACUGUCAAUCAGCUGGACUGCUCCGCCCCUGGCCCUGCCCCAGGCCACGCCCCCUCUGAGGCCAGACCGCCCCCCAGACUCUCUGCACCCAAAGGCGGUCAGAGCUCACCCGCAUGAACCACACAAAGACUUUUUAUACUGAUUUGUACAGAACGGUUUUCAAACGGCGCUUCAUUUAAUCACGUUUAUUUUUACUGUCUACUGGAUUUUCUUUCUUCGUAAUCAAUCUGACAAGAGCAGAGAAUCCAUGACUUCUGUAAGACCGGAUCAACAUCUCUCUCUGUCUCUCUCCUGUUUCUGGUUGUCAUCAUGGCAAAUGUAGCUCGUAACUCGCUCCUCAGUGCCUGUCCGUAACUGUGAAAUAUCCAAGCACUUCGGCUCGGCUGCACUGAGAAAAUUCUUCAAAUCCAAACAGGUCCUUGAAUAAUAUAUUUUCAGUUGUAGGCUUUAGUCGUAUUAGAGCUGACAUGAACAUAUAUAUUUUUUGUAAGAUGACAGAAUUCUUUUAAAGACUACAGUCUUUUCCAUAGAGCUUAUUUAUAUCAAGGGUUUCUUUGGUUCUGUUUGAUUCGUCAGCACUGUAGUGUACAUAACGAUUUUUCUAAAGGAAAUGUGUAGUGUGAUUUAUACUGAAAUCAGAACCUCCUAAUAAAAGGUUCGGUUUGUUGGAUCGGUGUCGUGUCUGUAAACCUCGUCGGCACGCAAGUGUUUUGCAUGAUCUGAAGCUACUAAAGAGAAUUAAAAUAUCACGAUAUCUGUUUCGCAUCCA